AAAUCCAACCAAGUCAAAUUUUCAUACUUUUCCAUUUAAAUCAUCCACUGAUUGCUCUCCUCUCCAGCUUUAUCCCCGCUCCCUGGCAGCCCUGCAGCAGGACAUGUGGUGCUGGGACCCAGCAUCGGACAGUCAAGUGCCAAGUGCUGUUGUCCUUCUCCCAAACAGUUGCAGACCUGCCAGAUGAUGAAUGUGAAGGGGUCAAACCUGCCACGAGCCAGCCUUGCUACAGCAGUCCCUGCUCUGGAGUUUUAGGUCGAGCAGGAGAAAGCAAAGAGGAAGAAGAGGAGGAGGAGGAGGAGGAAGGCGGGAUGCUGCAAAGAGAGGAACUGCACGAUUGGGAGUACGAGGGCUUUACUGAGUGCUCAGAGAGUUGUGGGGGAGGUGUCCAGGAGGCUGUGGUUAUCUGCCUGAACAAGCAGACUAGAGAAGCAGUGGACCAAAGCCUGUGUGUGAGCUCUCGGCGACCCCCUCAACUCCUCCAGGACUGCAAAACUCAGCCCUGCCCACCCAGGUGGGAAACAGGAGAGUGGAGUUCAUGCUCAGCCACAUGUGGGGUAGGUCUGAUGAUUCGCACUGUGGCGUGUACCCACCGGCCCUCUCGUGACAGCAAUCGCACUUUAGUUUUGAGGUAUGAAGACUGUCAGAACCCCAAGCCCAGUCCUGUCCAAGCCUGCAACCGCUUUGACUGCCCUCCUAUGUGGGACCCACGUGACUGGGGACAGUGCUCCCAGAGUUGUGGUGGUGGGAUUCAGAGGAGGGAGGUACUAUGCAAGCAACGGUUGGCUGAUGGCAGUGUCCUGGAACUGCCUGACACCUUUUGCCCUUCCAAGAGUCCUACAAACCAGCAGCCCUGUGGCAUGCAGGACUGCCCGCCUCAAUGGGCCACAACUAACUGGUCCCAGUGUUCAGUGACAUGUGGAAGUGGCAUUCAGACUCUGCAAGUCAUUUGCAGGAAGAAAGAGGAGAAUGGAAGGUAUUUGACAGUAGACCCUAAGAACUGUUCCCUGUCAGCUCGCCCCAUCAGAAUCCAGCCAUGCUCCCUCAGGCUCUGUGAAAACUCUAUCAAGCCUGAUGCCACCAUACUGGCUCAGAGGAAAGUUUAUAUCCAGUGGAGGAAGGGCAAAAAGGUACACCUGGUCGUUGGUGGUUAUGCGUAUGUCCUGCCUUGGACAACUGUGGUCCUUCGCUGCCCAACCCGCCACUUCCGCAAGGGCCAUGUCCACUGGCUUAAGGAAGGGAAGCCCCUGGUCAACCUUCCACACCUCUCCAUAACGUCACUAGGAUAUGUGAAGAUUCAUCAGGUUCAUGCAUCUGAUGCUGGGAUAUAUACAUGUGUCGCAGGUGAGGCACAAGAACAUUUAGUUCUACAGAUCAUCGGCAGCAAGCAAAAACUGUCUGUUCCAGAGUCACUGCUUGGACGCCAAAAGGUUCGGCGACCAGAUGUGACCUCAGCCCAAGAAAGAUUUCAGGAGCUACCCAUCUCCCUCAACCGAUAUGACACAAUUAUUGAGCAUUUGUUGAAACUUAAAGACUCCAUCCAAAAUGAGAAAUACAUUGCUGACAAACCACCUGCUAGUGAAAAGAAUAGUUCGACCCUAGAGGAUGAAGAGUCAGAGAUUUACAUCCCAGAGGUCCUCAUUGCCGACACCCGCAGUCUAGAUGAGAUCAUGCACAAUUUUCCUGAGGGCCUCGGAGGACCACGGGAGGAACAACUUAUCGCACAGUUGCUCAGUGAACUCACCAUGACACAGGGUGAAACCAAUGAGUCGACGCUUCACCCUCCAGAAAGUGCUGAAUCUUCCACGCAAGAGCCACUCCAUUAUAAACCAAAUAUUAAAGCCCACACUGCCAGAGCAAGAAACCCGUUGAUAAUCCAACGAUCGAAAAAGGUUGGAGUGGGGUCCCAAUCUGAAAUGAUAGUUUAUGUGGGAAUGCCCGUUUUACUGCCCAAACCAGUUGCUACUUUAGUGCUGAAGUGUGAGGCAGUAGGAAACCCUGACCCAUCUGUGACAUGGACAAAGAAUGGGAAAGAGUUGCGCUACACUAGCAGAGUAGGCCUGUUGCCUACGGGAUCACUGAGGAUCCAUUAUCCAAGCAGAGGGGAUGAGGGUUUGUACACCUGCACUGCCAGUAACCGUUUUGGAAGGACAUCUCUUUCAUCUUGGCUGCGGAUUACUGGUGGUAAAGGAAGAAGCUGUGUCCAAGGAAACAGUGUGGGCGCAAAUGCUUGUUCUGAGAGGAGUAACGGCAGUCAGUCAGCUGAGGUGUGCCAAGGACGAGCCUGCCCUUUCAGGUGGCGAGUGGAUGCUUGGUCCCCAUGCUCAGCCACUUGCGGGGGCGGAGCCCAGACCAGAGGUGUCCGCUGCAUGAAGGGUCCUGAGGGCAGGUCAGAAGAGGUAGAGAGUCAGAAUUGCCUGGGAACAGGGAGGAAACCCUCUGAUACAAGGCUAUGCAACCUUCUUCCCUGUGCAAGAUGGGCCACGACCUCCUGGGGGCCGUGUCAUGGCAGGUGUGUGGGCCCCAGUUUGGCCACGCAGCACCGCCACAUCUACUGCCAAGACCCAAAUGGUAGCAGAGUCCCCUACAGGAUGUGCACUGGGCUCCAGAGGCCGAACUCCUUGAAGAACUGCUCCACUGAUGCUUGCACACUUCACUGGCGCGUGGGGCCUUGGACGCAGUGCACUGCCACGUGUGGACGGCACGGUUUCCAGUCACGCCACGUGACCUGCAUGCACCUUCGGACCGCCAAGGCCUUUCGAGACGGUCACUGCAUGUGGAGCCCUCGGCCUCCCAGCUGGCAGCGAUGCAAUAUUUUAUCCUGCAGCAGAGCAGGAGAGUGCCGAGACAGUACGAGGUACUGUGAGAAGGUGCAGCAGCUGGAGCUCUGCCCGCUCCCCCAGUUUAAGAGCCGCUGCUGUUACUCCUGCCGAAACACCUGAGGCGGGGAUGUGAGAAUGGUGGUGAAAAAUCUGGACAGGUCAGGGAAGUUGACAAGGAAGACAAGGAACCUCUAUGCCUAAUCCCAACACCCUCCGCUGUCUUCAACGAUCACUCUUGGAUUCCUGAGUGUGGAGGAAUGUUUCCUUUGUCAUACCCAAACGUGGCUAAUGUCGACUCUCCUCAAAGAUCCCACACGUGGGUUUGAAUUCAAAAGCAUUGUUAUGAGAGGAUAAACACAUCUGUAAUGAAAGCUUCAGUUUAACUUUUUUUUUUUUUUUUUUUUACUUUACAUCUAAAGUUCAUAUUCUGUCUAGAUCAGCCAAGGAAUAGAUACAUUUCCAGUGUUUGGAGUACGAACUCUGUGGUUUUAUAAAGGGGAACUAAAUUCUUUUAGCCUUGACUACAGACACGUCCACAUUAACAGAAUCUACGGUUUCAGGUCCCUGAACAAAAGGAACAUUGCUACCAUGUUCCUCUGAAGCACAAUCACUUCACACCAAAUUACAGUUUAAAUGAUUCAAUUUUACAGCUGACUUCAUACCAAGGAAUUCUGGGUAAACCCCAACAUUGUAAUAACCACUGGAUAGCUGUCUGUUUAUUGCUAUGAUUUUGAUGCUAAGUGGGCUUUUAUUAACGUGGCACUGGGGCAAAAAGGGGUAGAAAACUGAAAACCAGCAUGAUGCUGCUUAUAAGUGAGAAUGAUGACAAGAAGCCUAGUAUUAACUAAAUGGGACACAUUUAGUAUCAGCCACCUGGGACAUAAGUUUAGCAUGCAUUGACCGUAAUGAUUGCUCUUUUAAAGUGGCAAGGAAUUCAGAUUGCAGCUUUUAGAGGGUUGGGACUCUAUAAAGAUUUCUUUUGCAUGGGUUGCACUAUAGGAGGUGUACGACUGAAGCAAAUAAUGUUUUGGGAAAAAAAAAAAAAAAAAAAAGAUUUUGCACUCAGAACUCAUCCAAGUCUUUGUUAAGAACAUGGCUUGCAGAGUUGUUUUUAUGUAGUUUGUAAAGUUAUUUUGUUUCAGUAGUUUGUUUUGUGAUAUUUCUUGAAAAGACAUUUGCCAAACGUGUCCCUUUAACCACUCGGUGACGUUACGCAGAGAUCUGAUAAAAACCCAUUUCAACCUGACUGCCAUGUCAUAUUUACAUCUCUGUGAUGGGAAUGUUUGUAGAGGAUCAUUUCUAAUGUACCAUACGGAUGGGCAGGUUUGCACUUUGUCACUACAUCCUGGGUUCCACAGAGCUUCAUCACGUGCAACCCAGCUUAGCUUAGGACUACUUGGCCCUACAUUGAGGCGUGGUAACGUGAUAUCACGAGAGGAAAAUAUUGUAUUACACAUAAUUUCUUAAGUUAUGUAGAUAUUUGUGCUGUCAUUUAAACUAUUUAUUUCCAUGUGUGUUCUUGAGCAAAGCUUUUGUAAAUAUUACAGUGGUGGGUCUUUCCUCGCAGCUUAUGGUAUUUGAUGCGCUUGCCAUGGGGACCCCCUGCUGGUGACUUGAUGUGUUGCUCUUUAUCGUUAAA